AGGCGAACAACAGGUCAAAAACUUUUUAUGACCUGUCGUCGCUGAUUUUGCCAUAUAUGCAUUAUCUAUGCAUGUUUGCAUAUUAUGUUGCAUAUCAAUAAAACUGCAUUUGUACUACUUAAGAGGGAUUAGUACGAGAUAAUUCAUAUACCAAUUAAAGAUGGGGGGUAAAUAUUCGUCAAUGGAUCCAAUGGAAGUUGAAGUUCCUGAAAUUGAGGCUCUUUUUCAACGUGAUGGAUAUUUAAAAACAUAUGAGAGAGAAAUACGACGCCGGUAUGCGUGCUUUAAAGAUACUAUAGAAAAAAUAGAAGAAGUAGAUGGAGGUUUAGAUAACUUUUCAAGGAGUUACGAAAGAUUUGGAAUAAAUGUACAGCCUGAUAAUUCAGUUGUUUGUAGAGAAUGGGCCCCUUCUGCUCAACAGCUGUUUUUAACUGGAGAAUUCAAUGGCUGGAACAGAGAAAGUCUGCCUUUCAAAAAAUUGGAAUUUGGAAAGUGGGAACUUAUUUUAUCCCCUAAUCCAGAUGGUUCUUGUCCAAUACCACACAAUUCAGAAGUUAAAAUAGUUGUACAAACACAUUCAGGAAGUAGAGAAGACCGUUUGUCACCAUGGGCAACUUAUGUUGUAGAACCACCAAAAGUAGAAGGUACAAUAUACAGACACAAAUUAUGGCACCCACCUAAACAUGAGAAGUAUGAGUUUAAACAUCCCAGACCACAAAGGCCAAAGAGUCUCCGCAUUUAUGAAUGCCAUGUGGGCAUAGCCACUUCAGAACUUAAAGUAGGAACUUAUGAUAAUUUUACUGACAAUAUUUUGCCUCGUAUAGUAAAGCAAGGCUACAAUGCAAUUCAGUUAAUGGCUAUAAUGGAACAUGCAUAUUAUGCUUGUUUUGGUUAUCAAGUAACCAGUUUUUUUGCGGCAUCUAGUAGAUAUGGUACACCUGAACAGCUGAAACGUUUAAUAGAUAGAGCCCAUGAACUAGGAUUAUAUGUUUUACUUGAUGUUGUUCAUUCACAUGCUUGCAAAAAUGUUCUUGAUGGCCUUAAUAUGUUUGAUGGCACUGAUGCUUGCUUCUUUCAUACUGGAGCAAGGGGAAAUCAUCCUUUGUGGGAUAGUCGUUUAUUUAACUAUUCUGAAAUCGAGGUGCAAAGAUUUUUACUAUCAAACUUACGGUGGUGGCUAGAAGAAUAUCAUUUUGAUGGAUUUCGUUUUGAUGGUGUAACGUCAAUGCUUUAUCAUUCAAGAGGCGUUGGACAGGGAUUUAGUGGACAUUAUGAUGAAUAUUUUGGUCUAAAUGUUGACACGGAAGCUGUGGUUUAUUUAAUGGUAGCUAACUACAUGGUUCAUAAAUUUCAUCCUGAGGCAAUAACAAUAGCCGAAGAUGUUUCUGGAAUGCCAGGAACCUGCAGACCUGUCACAGAAGGUUGUCUUGGAUUUGAUUAUCGUCUAGCAAUGGCUAUUCCUGAUAAAUGGAUUGAAUUACUUAAAGAUACAAAAGAUGACGAUUGGAAUAUGGGAAAUAUCGUUCAUACCCUCACAAAUAGGCGAUGGAUGGAAGGAAACAUUGCGUAUGCAGAGUCUCAUGAUCAGGCACUUGUAGGAGAUAAAACAAUUGCCUUUUGGCUGAUGGACAAAGAAAUGUAUACACACAUGAGUACCAUAUCUGAACCUUCUGCCAUAAUUGAUCGUGGAUUAGCACUCCACAAAAUAAUAAGACUCAUCACUCAUGCUCUUGGGGGCGAAGGUUAUUUAAAUUUUAUGGGAAAUGAAUUUGGUCAUCCUGAAUGGCUAGAUUUUCCCAGACAAGGAAAUAACAAUUCUUAUCAUUAUGCCAGAAGGCAGUGGAAUUUGGUAGAUGAUGAGCUCUUAAAAUAUAAAUAUUUAAAUGCAUGGGAUGCCGCAAUGAAUCAUUUGGAGGAAAAAUAUGGUUGGCUGCACAAAGAUCCUGCUUAUGUAAGUUGGAAACAUGAAGAUGAUAAAGUCAUCGCAUUUGAACGAGCUGGUCUUGUUUUUAUUUUUAACUUCCAUCCAACUAAAAGUUUUACCGAUUAUCGUGUAGGAGUUAAUUAUGGAGGAGUUCUAAAAAUUGUUCUUUGCUCAGAUGACACUCAAUUUGGAGGUCAUGGGCGAAUAGAUACCUCUAUGACGUACUUUAUACAAAAUGAGGGCUUUGCUGGGCGUUCACAUUCAUUUCAGGUAUACAUACCUUCCAGAGUAGCCUUAGUGUUUGCCCCCAACUGAUAAAAUAAAUUAUAAUAAUAUCUGUUCAAAUUGAUUUAUAUUGCUGUUUUAACUUCAUAUAUGUUGU